CUAAACUCAAAAGCUUAUCCCCAAAUAAAUACAAGUGCUUGAGAGUAAAUAGAAAAUAAAGAAAAAAGAAUGGAAAAUGCACCAAUUCUAGGUAAAUCAAAACUAGUACCAUGUGUUCAAGAGUUAGCUAAAUCAUGUCCAAACAAAAUCCCACAAAGAUACAUUCAAUCUCAUGAUCUUUACAAUGAUCAAGAUCAUUGUGAUGCUCAUGAUCUUCAACUUCAAAUUCCCAUCAUUAACAUGGAAGCUUUGAUUUGUGGAGAUGGAGUUGAAUUGGAGAAAUUGCAUUCAACAUGUCAAGAGUGGGGCUUUUUUCAGCUUAUAAACCAUGAGGUAAGCUCUUCACUAAUAGAGAAAUUCAAGUUGGAGACAAAAGAAUUUUUUGACCUUCCAUUAGAAGAAAAGAAAAGGUAUUGGCAAACUCCAACUGAUUUCGAGGGAUUUGGGCAAGCCUUUGUUUUAUCAGAUGAACAAAAGUUGGACUGGGCUGACAUGUUUUUCUUAACUAUGUUACCCAAACAUUUGCGAAAGUCACAUCUAUUUCCUAACUUGCCUCUUCCUUACAGAGACACCUUGGAAAAGUACUCAACCGAAAUGAAGACAUUAGCAACAAAAAUGUUGGGUUACAUGGCAAAAGCACUAAAAAUUAGUGAUGAAAAUGUAUUUGGAGAAGGACAUCAAUCAAUAAGGAUGAAUUACUACCCACCAUGUCCACUGCCUGAGAAAGCUAUUGGUCUUACAUCUCAUACUGAUGAAACUGUUCUUAUUACCAUCCUUCUUCAGAUUAGUCAAGUUGAAGGCCUUCAGAUCUUGAAAGAUAACAGGUGGGUCCCAGUUAAGCCUCAACCUGAUGCCUUCAUAGUCAAUAUUGGGGAUGUCUUAGAGCUAAUGACAAAUGGCAUGUAUAGAAGCGUAACGCACAGAGCAGUAGUAAACGCAGAGAAAGAAAGGAUUUCAGUAGCCACAUUCCAUUCACCAGCACUUGAUGUUGAAGUGGGUCCCAUUCCUAAAUUACUUAAUAAUAAUAAUAAUCCUCCAAGGUUUACAAGAAUUAGCAUGCUGGAUUACUGGAACAUGUUUUUAGAUCGUCCUCUUCAUCAUCAUGCCAAAAAAUGUCUUGAUUUCUUAACAAUUCAUCAUACCACAUGAAGAAAGCACUACCUACAUUGCUAUAUUUGUAACACACUAUUUGGCUUUUGCUGCUGCUGAACUGCUGUUAUUCUCGCUUUGUGUAAUAUACUUAUAUAUUUGUAUUGUUCCUCUUGAGCCCGAUAAAAUAUAAGGCUGUAGUAGGUUAUGGAGAACAUAAAUUCUUGUAUGAGAUGGUCUGAGCACGAAACACGCCUCAUACAUGGCUAAAUAGCCUAAUAAUAUGAAUUAUCAAUAUAUAAGCUUCUUAUUUUGAGGUGGUUACACCGAAAAAUAUCUCACAACAGCACCUCUAGUGACAAUUUAGUCGCAUCAUAUAGUUACAUCUUAUUGUAUAGGUUUCUAUUACGCCGCUUAGAAGCAACACACCACAUUAAAUGAUCAAGGGCUUUACGCUUCACUUUCUAAACUAUGAAUCAUGUCAUAAUAGUUCAUUACGAUAAGCUCAACAGAUCGCCA